AAAACGACUAUCUUCGCGUCAUAUCCCCACUUAUCACUCCUCAUAAUGCAUAUUAUCCCUUGGUAUUAUUGCAUUACGGAAAGAUUACGGUUGAAGUUGAGCAGGUUGGGCGAAACGAAUACACUUGUUCAUUUUUUUGUUUAUGUAUUUUCAUUACUGUGAAGUUUGUGUUUAUGGUGAUCAUGGAAUCGUUAUUCAAUUCACUGUGUGGCUGACUAGUCUCAAGCAAUGGGGAGUUCUGUGGAGUAUUUAUCAAAAUCAUGGUCAUUAGAUCACCUUGUGCUAAUAACUGGAGUUAUCAGUACACGUAUAGACACUGUUUGUUGAAUACGUUUGGUUGUGCUAUAUCUACCGAAUGGGAAUCAUGUCUGAUGGAUAGAAAGUUGAUUUUCAGAAAUCCCUUCAAUCUAAUGGAAUUGGUCAUCUGUAUCCACUGUUUGCAGAGUAUUGCGGACAUUCAACCUAAUUUGGUGUAUAAAAGGAAUAAAUACAGUCAGCUCAAACUUACCAUGCAGCCAAUACCUAUUUUAGUAGGUCAAAGCAUUCUCAACAUAGAAAAGUCAUUCGUCAGUGUGAAUGAUAGUCUCUGGGAAAUGGAGUCACCUUUGAAAGCUAUCGAUUUGUGCUUUAAAUGUUUUUAUGCAUUCAAUGGACAUUUGUGCAACAAUCAUUUUAUGAAAUUUUUACUGAUUAUGAUGAGAUACACUGAACUGCUUAUUACUCUAUUCAUAUAUAUAUAUAUUGAAAUAUUGAAUACCAGAUGUCCCAACAAGAUAACGGUUUCUAAAAGAGAAUAUUUUUCUUAUAUAGCUUACGAAGAGAAACAUAUCCUUGAAAGAAAUCAAUGGUCAUAG